GCGGUCGCGGGUCGCCGGCAUGCAGGGUGGCAGCGGCAAGGACAGCGGCCUGGGCCGCGCGGUGUGCGUGCUGACCGGCGCCUCCCGUGGCUUCGGCCGGGCUUUGGCACCGCUCCUGGCCCGGCUGCUGUCGCCCGGCUCCGUGAUGGUCCUAAGCGCCCGCAACGACGAGGCGCUCCGGCAGCUGGAGGCGGAGCUGGACGCCGCACGGCCCGGGCUGCGCGUGGUGCGGGUGCCCGCCGACCUGGGCGUCCAGGCCGAUUUGCAGCGACUGCUCGGCGCCGUGCGCGAGCUGCCCAGGCCGGAGGGGCUGCAGCAGGUGCUGCUUAUCAACAACGCGGGCACUCUUGGGGAUGUGUCCAAAGGCCUCGUCGACUUGGCGGACCCCGCUGAAGUGAACAACUAUUGGGCUCUCAACUUGACCUCCAUGCUCUGCCUGACUUCCAGCAUCCUGAAGGCCUUUCCGGACAGCCCUGGCCUCAGCAGGACAGUGGUUAACGUCUCGUCCCUCUGUGCUCUGCAGCCCUUCAAGGGCUGGGGAUUGUACUGUUCGGGGAAGGCUGCCCGUGACAUGAUGUUCCAGGUUCUAGCCGCAGAGGAACCUGGUGUGAGGGUGCUGAGCUACGCCCCAGGUCCCCUGGAUACAGACAUGCAGCAGUUGGCCCGGGAGACCUCGAUGGACCCAGACUUACGUAAUAGGCUGCAGGACCUGAAGACAAAAGGGGAGCUCGUGGACUGUAAGAUGUCAGCCCAGAAACUGCUAAGCUUGCUGCAAAAGGACACGUUCAAGUCUGGGGCCCAUGUUGACUUCUACGAUAAAUAAGCCAAUGUCCUUGGCUUCCUGGGGCUUUCUUUCCCCCUCUCUCAGGCAUACCCAGGAGCUCUUUGUGACCCACCCCCCACAACCUGCCACAGGGGCACUGCCAACUCUGCCUUACCCACUUAUACCUACUGUCCUGCCCUCAGAUCCAGCUGUCAGUGAGGGCCUCGGGUCCCUGGAAUCCCAGUUCUCAGGAGUCUGUUGGCUGCCGUGAGUUAGUGGGAGCUUGGGAGAGAGAAGUCAUGGUGGUUGGUAUUCUGUCUCCCCAGAAAUUGAAUUUUAGGGAUGGGAAAAGCAGAACAAGAUGCUGCAACCCUGAAGAGAAGAGGUUGGGGAUCUCAUGGCCAGUGUCUGGUUGGGCUGGUGUCAAAUGGGAGGGCCCAUGUAAAGUCACGGCCCACGGGGGAGGGAGGACGGUGCAAGUUCAUCGCACAAGGAUGCCCCAUACUCACGGUAGCAGGACCUUGUGUUGAACUCCGUGUCCUCAUUCUGAUGCCUCCUCCCUCCGGAACGUACUGUCUGUCCCCCAGGUG